AUGCAAACAUUAGGAUGUAUGAAGCCAAUAUUAUUAGCAGUUCGAGCUGCAUUAGUUUCUGGAAACCAUUUCGAGCGAUUUAUUAAUAUCUGCGAAAGAAUACGUGGAGCGCUAAAAUGUAUCAGACAUAUUCCUGGAAAAUGUUCACAAGAAAGUGGGACAAGAUUUUUAAUUGCAAAUUUUCAAUAUUUUUGCGAAGAUAACUAUCCAGUAAUUGCAGUAAUUACAGUUUACAAACACAUGUCGGAAUGUUUGGAUAUUUAUUCUAGCGUUGUUCAACGUGAAUGUCAAUGGAGAUGUCAAGAGACACGUCAAGUACUAAGUUGGUUCUUAUAUGGUUACAUGCGAUCUACUGUACUUGCUACGAUAUCUGAAGAAACUGUACCUUCUAAAUUAAAUGCUGAUUACUUUAGAAGAAUAAGCGGUGAUACCUGCCGCAUGGUAAUGUGCUACAUGACAUGCUUGCGAGAGAAGUACAACGUGAAAUGCAAUGGGAUUGGUGGCAGUAUGUUUGUAGAAGCGAUUUUCAGGCCAUUGAUAGCGUUGCACAGAUCUUGGCCUUAUAGCCCAAUAGCUAAUUCAAUGGGUCUCAUAAUGCCACCAGAAUGCAACUUUCUUACACGUUUGGAAAGUUUAAAUGAAUUCAGGUUAGUGAAAACAACAGAUGCACCGAUACAACUGCUGAAAAGUGUAAUUUCGCCUUUGGAUGAUGAUGAUUUCGCCAGUUAUCUCACUCGUACUCCGCCAACAACAGAAAAUGAUGAAUCCAAAAUACACACUGAGGAGACUGAAGAAGCAAUAGAGAAUUUCAAGAGUCUCGACAGAUUGCAGCGAAUGAAACCUUGA